AUGGCUUUAGAAGCCACAAUGCUGCAAGAAAAUAUGGCUGUCGAAGCCAACAACUGUGAAGAUGGCAAAUUAUUGCCAAUAACUCAAAAAUUGGACUGCAUCUAUGAUGAAGAACCAUUAGGAUUUGAAAAGGAUCCUUCCAGUUCCAAUCAAAAGAUGCAGGCCCAAGACCCUUUGGAGGAAAUAGAUAUUGGAGAUGGCUCUAUCAAAAGGCCAACGUACAUAAGUGCCAAUAUCCCAAAGGACUUGCGUGAUAAACUGGUCGAACUCCUUAAAGAGUUCAAAGAUUGUUUUGCUUGGGAUUACAAUGAAAUGCCAGGUUUAGACAGAAAUUUGGUCGAACAUAGAUUACCCAUUCGACCAGACAAGAAACCAGUUAAACAAUCACCCAGAAGAUUCGCACCAGAAAUCCUAUCUAAGAUCAAGGAGGAAAUUGAAAGGCUGCUGAGAAGCAAGUUCAUCCGGACUGCCAGGUAUGUCGAAUGGUUAGCAAAUAUAGUUCCUGUCAUUAAGAAAAAUGGUUCUCUUAGAAUAUGUAUAGAUUUUAGGGACUUAAAUAAUGCUACCCCUAAAGAUGAAUAUUCGAUGCCUGUAGCAGAAAUGUUAAUAGAUUCAGCAGCAGGCUUCGAAUAUCUUAGCAUGUUAGAUGGGUAUUCUGGAUAUAACCAAAUUUUUAUCGCUGAGGAAGAUGUGGCAAAAACAGCUUUUCGAUGCCCAGGGGCUUUGGGUACCUAUGAAUGGGUCGUAAUGCCUCGAAUUGGAAGAUGGGCUUUAGCUCUUUCUGAAUAUUCACUUUCAUACAAGCCUUUGAAAGCAAUUAAAGGCCAAAUAGUGGCUGACUUCAUUGUUGAUCAUUCAGCAAUCGAACCACCUCAAAAUUACAUUGCUCUAGAACCAUGGACUUUGUAUUUCGAUGGAUCUAGACAUCAACAUGGUACUGGAAUAGGUAUUUUGAUAGUCUCCCCACAAAAAAUUCCUACUAAGUUCAAAUACAGGAUUAAUGGUAUUUGUUCGAACAAUGAAGCUGAAUAUGAGGCUUUGAUAGCAGGAUUAGAAAUAUUGUUGAACCUGGGGGCAAAAGACAUUAAAAUAAAAGGUGAUUCAGAGUUAGUGUUAAAGCAAUUGACAAAAGAGUACAAAUGUAUCAAAGAGCAUUUGAUUCGUUAUUUUGUCAUAGCAAAUGCGUUACUAAAACGUUUCGAUUCGAUUGACAUAGAACAUGUUCCUCGAAUAGAAAAUCAAGAAGCUAAUGACUUAGCCCAGAUUGCUUCAGGAUACAAAGUGUCCAAAGCAAGGCUAGAACAAUUAAUAGAAAUCAAAGAAAAGUUGAUUUCUAAUGAGCCAAUGCAAUUGGAAUUGUCAAUGCCAAAACUUGAGGGGGCAGAGAUGUCACCAAAUGACAUAAAUAAUUCUGAUAAAGAAAUGAAUUAUGAUGAACUCCAAAUUUUGGUCAUUGACAAUUUAAUAGAUGGUGAUUGGAGAAAACCAAUUGUAGAAUAUUUGGAAAAUCCAAUCGGGAGUGCUCUUCGAAAGAUCAAAUAUAGGGCAUCAAAUUAUGUGAUCAUUGGUAAUGAAUUGUUUAAAAAGACCCUCGAAGGAGUACUGUUGAAAUGUCUUAGUGAGAAUGAAGCCUACAUAGCAAUAUCUGAUGUUCAUAGUGGGGCUUGUGGUUCUCACCAAUCAGGCCAUAAGAUGAAAUGGCUUUUAGUUCGACAAGGCAUGUACUGGCCAUCUAUGUUAAAAGAUUGCAUAGAUUUUGCUAAAGGUUGUCAAGACUGUCAAAAACAUGCAGGAAUCCAACAUGUACCCGCAAGUGAAUUACAUUCGAUAAUAAAACCUUGGCCAUUUAGAGGUUGGGCAUUGGAUUUAAUUGGUGAAAUAAAACCAGCAUCAUCAAAAAAUCAAAAGUACAUAAUAGUUGGUGUUGAUUAUUUUACCAAAUGGAUCGAAGCUAUACCCUUGCCCAACGUUGAUCAAGAAGAAGUUAUAAGUUUUAUCCAAAACCACAUUAUUUAUAGGUUUGGAAUUCCUGAAACCAUCACAACUGAUCAAGGUUCAGUGUUUACUGGUCGAAAGAUGCAAGAAUUUGCCAGGCAAACAGGGUUUAAACUUUUGACUUCGACACCUUAUUAUGCACAAGCAAAUGGUCAAGUAGAAGCUGCCAAUAAAAUUAUUAUUGGAUUAAUCAGAAAACAUAUUGCUCAAAAGCCAAGAAAUUGGAACAAGACUUUAAAUCAGGUCUUAUGGGCAUGUAGAAAUUCCCCUAAAGAAUCAACAAAUUCUACUCCAUUUCGAUUAACAUAUGGUCAUGAUGCCGUGUUACCAGUGGAAAUUUAUUUGCAAUCUAUCAGAAUUCAAAGGCAAAUGGAGAUACCAACUUAUCACUAUUGGAGUAUGAUGUUUGAUGAAUUGGUUGAUUUAGACGAAGAAAGGCUAAGAGCACUUGAUACUUUAAGUAGACAAAAAGAAAGAGUAGCAAAGGCCUAUAAUAAGAAGGUUAAAUUAAAAACCUUUGACGUGGGGAAUUUAGUUUGGAAAGUUAUUUUGCCUAUGGACAAAAAAGAUAGAGUUUUAGGCAAAUGGUCUCCAAAUUGGGAAGGACCUUUUAAAAUAAUACAAGUAUUUUCGAAUGGUGCGUAUGAAAUAGAAGAAUUAACUCCAGAAAAGCGAACAUUGAAUAUAAAUGGUAAGUAUUUGAAAAAAUAUAAACCAACGCUUUUAGAAGUUAAUAUUAGCACAGAAUAA